AUGCUGGUUCAAAGCUCUGCUAGUUAUCAAACCAUCAAUUUAAGUUCCAUAGAUCACGAAAGAACGCCAUUAUUAACGUCAAGAAAAGAAAAUACUUGGGAACAAUUAAAGAAGAGUCAAUGGGUUUCCUUGGUUCCAUCUAUUGUACUUGGUCUAAUCAUCUGGUUUGGAGUGAAGCCUAAUCAAGAGCUUACUGUUACAGCUAUUCAUUUGCUGGCGGUGUUUGUAAGCUGCAUAUUUGCCUUGAUUACUACAUCUGUGGAUAUAUCUAUGCUUGUUCUGACAGGGUUAACUAUUUUGGCAGCAUCUCAUUCUUUUGUAUGUCUGGACCAUGCCACAGGCUUUGAUACCGAAUGCAGACUGUGUGGAGAAGUCAAUCCUUUGACGGGUCACACAAUUCAAUGCAACGCGGAAAAGGAUUCAUUUAAGCAAUCACUCGAGGGGUUUUCAAGCUCUGUCGUUUGGCUCAUCUUUGCUGCUUUCCAUCUUGGUAAAGCAGUUGAAGUAACCCAGUUAGGUCGCCGUAUCUCGUUAUUGAUGAUUAGAACGUUUGGAAAGCAUAUCUUGGGCCUUGCAUAUGCCAUCUUACUGUCAGAACUAUUUCUUGGCCCUUUUGUUCCUAGCAAUACAGCUCGUGGUGGAGGCAUCGUCUUGCCUGUCGUACAAUCUAUUGCCACGUCGCUAAACUCCACUCCCAAGCUCAACCCAGAAAUAGGUCAGUAUCUCAUCUUGAUUGGAAAUCAUGCCAAUCUGCUAUCAGCGUCCAUGUAUUUGACUGGAAUGGCUGCAAAUCCUGUGGUUAUAGCGAAAGCCAGCCAAUUAUUUCCACACUUGAGCUUUGAUUUCCUGACUUGGUUUAGGGGUAGCAUUGUGCCUUCUGCUACUUGUGCUAUUUUUUUGCCUCUUUUACUAAAAUGGUCCCUAAGUAUAGAUAAACUGGGAAAUAAAACCGAGGCAGAAAAUGGUGACGCUGUCGUAAAGCACGCACAGCUCGAGCUAGACAAGAUGGGAUCUGUGUCCAAGAAAGAAUGGCAACUUUGCUUUGUUCUGCUUUCGUGUCUUUGUAUGUGGGUUACUACAAGUAUAACACAUCUUGAUUCCACUCUGGUUGCCUUAAUCGGCAUCGUUGCUCUCUUGCACAUGGGCACAAUCUCAUGGAAAGAUGUGUCGACAAACACGAGUGCCUGGGAUACAUUAUUCUGGCUUGGAGGAUUUAUUACCAUUGCUCAACAAUUAUCCGAGGCUGGUGCCUCUGCCUUCUUGGGCCAUCAAAUCUCCAAUACGAUAAAGAGAUUCAAUUUCCCUUCGGUUCCUAGUUUAGCCAUCUCCUACUUUUUGACUACCUUCAUGUUCUCCUCCCUGAGCGCGCAUAUUGUUGCAUUUGCCGGUACUUUCUUUGAUGCAGGUCAUAUGCUAGGCGCUAAUCCCAUGAUUUUGACUGCAAUGAUUGCCUAUUUUGGUUCUCUUUCUGGUUGUAUGACAAACUUUUCCACAGGCAUGGCUGCAAUGUAUUAUGCUACAGGUUAUGUAUCUCGCCCCAAGUGGUUUAUGAUCGGUUUUCAGGUAGCUAUUUUCUAUCUCUUUGUAUACUUUACAGUUGGAGUAUCUUGGUGGAAGUUCUUGGGAUGGAUCUAA